GUAUCAGGUGCCGCGGCCACAACAACAUCAGCUGGUGGUCAAGGGUAUCUGCAAAGCAGUCAUCGGGAGGACAAACCCUUCAUGCAAACUGCACCUGCUAUCAAGAAGAAGUAUCUGCAACAGUCUUAAUAUGGAUGGGUCGGAGGAAGAAGCGAUAUUAGCAAGUCUGGCGGAGUUGGAGAGUGAAGGGAGUAGAGGAUGCUGCAUCAAGAACUGUAAGAACUACACCUUCAGGACUGGCGUUAUAUAUUUCUCAGUGCCUGAGGAUCCAGAUAGACGUGCUGUUUGGCUGAAGCUUCUGAGUGAGUAUAUAUCUGGAAGAAAUGAAAGACCUCAGUUGUGGAUAUGCUCAGAUCACUUUCAUUCAAGAGAUAUCACUCACACCAACUCCCAGCCAGAGCUCACACCUUCUGCUCUUCCUCACAUCCAAGAAUAUGCACAGGCUGAAAGUUCAGAUAAUGACAAGGAUGGCACAGAGAAUUGGGGAGAUGAUAACUUAAAUUUCACAUGUAAGAAGGCAUCACUAUUUAAGAUGAGUAUAGAGACUGAUGAUGGACCAAGACCAAUUGAUAGUUGUCAUCAGCUCCUGGACUCUAGUUUGGAUGCUCAGCAUGAACAAAAUUCAUCAGUUAAGAUGGAACCACUAUCUGAAGUAGAAGACCCUUACACCAGCUUUGUGGAUUCAGUUGUAACAUCUGAGACCCAGAACACAGCUGAAGGAAAGAGCAUCAUGUUGAGUGGUGCCAGAAAAGUUAAGAUGAAUAUAUCCUCCCAAGUUAUGGAAAAGUUCCUUAAGGAAGGAAAAUUAGAAAAACAACCAAGUGGUUCAUAUCGUGUGACGGACAGUGAGUUUAAAGAAAUUGAAACUAGCAUUAGUGGUGAGGUUAAUUCUAGUGAGAAUAAUAGUGUUGGACGACCUGAUCAUAUUUUACUGUCAGCAGAUUCUCAUAGUACUCUUGAACCUUCAAACCCAGCAGUUGUUUUCAGAAGAAAAAGGGGUCGGCCAAGAAAAGGAACCUUCAUACCUCAAACAACACAAUCACACACAGUUGCCACGAAUCAUUCAUCUAAACUAAGUUCCAGUUCACAGAUUGGAAAUUUGACGUGCAAGACAAGUUUUUCACCACUAGCAUAUGACAGUACUGAGGACCCUGGAGAUGCUGAGACAGACACUGAGAACAAACCAAAAAGGAAAAGAAGAUCAAAAAUUUUAGAUGAUUAUGUUACAGAUUUUAAUACGUCUGAUGAAGAGGAGGUAAAUCUAAUGAAUAGUUGUUCAAAAUUCACACACCGAGGCAGAGGCCGGGGCAGAGGCAGAAAAGUUGAACCACUAGAGUCAUUGGAUGAUGACCUUUUAACCAGCUGUGUUGGAGUUUUUGGAAAGAAGUUUUCAUUAAAUGAAGACAUUUUGGAUGAAGACGUGCUUGAAGAUAUGAGCGAGAUUGAUGAAGACAUUUAUUCCCCGUCCAUUUCUAAUAAAUUAAAGUCAUUCAAUGUUACUAAGCAAGGAUCUGAAUUAAAAGAGGGAAUAGAAGUAGUGCUUGGGCCAGAUGGAAAGACCAAAAUACAGAUAGUGGAUACAGGUGAAACAUCAGUAGUCAAUGAUGAGGAAAGCCUUAUUUAUCAUGUGAUCACGACAACGGGAAAGACUACAAAUGUUACACCUCUCAAAAUUCCCAAGAUGUCUAAUGAUGCAGAAAGUGAAGAUGAUGACAAAAACCUGCCAUCUACUUCUAACACAAAAUCUCUUCAAAGUGAUGAAGGCAAGGCUGACACAGAUGUUGAGUUGGUCGACAGUAAACCCAAGAUUUCGUCACGAGGGAGAAGAAUAAAGAGCAAGCAGAUGAUUAGGACUUAUAACCAACAAGUGGCAUCUCUGCAGCAGAGGUAUUGCCGUGCUGUCCAAGAACUACGAAAAAAACCAAGAGUGUAUACACUGGCAGACCUUGUAUACGGUGCAUCAAGAUUUCUGACAGAAGAUCAGCUAAUAUUUUUUACACUACAACUUAAAUCUGGUUGUAAUAAUGUGCAAGGCAUCAGAUUCAGUGUGCGUGAGAAAAUGCUGGCAUUGGCUUUCUACAUACAAAGUCCAGCAUUAUACAAGUGGAUGAGGGUAAUUUUUCACUUGCCCACAAAGCUAAUCCUAGAAAGAUGGUUAGAAAGUAUUGCUAAAAGUGAUCCGGAUGCAGUAAAACGACUUAUAUAUCAUGUUUAUACAAGAUAUGUAUUUAGGUCGUAAUAGUACUUGAAUUAAUUCAAGAUAAUUUUUUGCCAAAAUUGUUAUAUAUAGACAAUUACAGUAUCAAAAUAAUGUUAGUUUAAAAAUAUCAAUGAGUAGUAAAGUAUACUGGUAUGA